AUGUCUUCAACGAGGUCCACGCCGCCAUCUCAGUCCUCCAUAGGGCGGCGCGACCACCAGUCAGUAGCCUCUAAUCAUUCUUCAGGUUCAUCCUCUUCACGUAGCAGUCGUUCGCACGCACAUCCCGCAGUCGAGUCUGCUGUCACACGCCUUCUCGUGGCCAUCAAACAACUUCUUGAGUCCCUCACCCAAUGGAGCACCGGCAAAAUGGACGAGUUCCAGGUGAGCGACGUCUACGUCCGCCUCGGGAAUGACUUCAAUGCGGCUGUGGCUGCGUUUGCUGCAUUUAAUAUCGAUAUGUCAGACCUAAUGUCCGUGCCCGAAGACCUACGUGAAGUCCUCGAAACCUGCCUAGCAGAGGAAGCCACGCCAGACAACCUCAACGUGUAUCUACCCACCGUGCGCAAGAUUAUCACCAACCUCCUUCAGGGUCUCCGUGGAAAGCAGUCUAUGUACCGUCGGAUCGUGUCAGAGCACCAGAACCGACAUCGCUCAUCCCACUCGCGGACGGACAGCCGCUCGUCAAAGUCUGACAAGACUUCGCGGCGUGAUGACGAUUCGAGACAUCGGUCGCAACUUUCGCGUAGCGUAUUGGACGAGGAAGCAGAUAGGGAGAGGGACAGCACGACAAGACAGUCAACAAGAUCGUCAGGAAGACGACAAGACCCGAGGACGCAGACACCUCCGCCAGCAUCUCCGCCGUCCAUCUUCCGCGAACCUGAUGAUGAAACGCCGCCCAAUGAAAGAACGAUCACCAACACUGUCAAUGGGCAUACCAAUCGAGGCUCAGCGCAGCCUCAAGCACGACAAUCUCAGAACACGUACAAGCCCGAUGGUGGCACGCAUUCGCGCGACUCAUCAGAAACCUUGGUCGCACCUCCCGUAGCAGCAAAUCUACAUCAUGCCCUGCCCAGCGAGUCAGACAAAAAUUUGCCUCAAGCAUCUCAGAGUGUCCCCGUGCCUGCCUCCGUCAAGCGCUAUUCGCUCGUCGAUAGACCAGUUUCCUUGUCACCUCCGCCACUUCCUGCAGUGCUGAUAGAUGAAGCUCCUUCCACUCCUAUCGACACCUCCUCACCACAAACCCAUCCUAUCGAUAAUCUGCAAGCACCUGCAGUUGCCAGCUCUCUGGCUGCAUUGAAGAAGAGCGAUGUGCUCGAGCGGCGUGCGUCGAAGCGCUUUUCGACGUACAAUAUCACGAAAAUGACAGGCUCACGUGAGCGGUCAGGUAACCGGCGGUCGAUGGCGGCAGGGCCAUUGCUAACGCCAGGCGACUUAGCGGUUUUAACAGAAGUGGAUGAACCGGACGUCCAGCGGACUGGCAGCGCGCGGUCUAACAGAGCGAUUGCACGAACACCCUCGCCCAUAGCCGAGGCGGAGGCAACUCCCCCCGUUCCUCCACUGCCUCCAUUAACAGAACCUGCACGCUCUCAGCGAGCUCGUACGCCGUCUAGGGUGGGCAAUGUGACAGACGAGCCUACGAUAUUGGAAGAAACACCUGAACCUACUUUGCUGAUCACGUUGUCAGUUUUCUUACAAGUUGGGCGAGAAGUCAAGAAGGUCACCAUCGAACCUGGUUUGUCCUUUUCAUCAUUGCGGAUGUUAUUCGUGGAUAAGUUCUCGUAUAAUCCGGGUCUGGAGAAUUUCCCUGCGAUAUACAUACGCGACCCCUCUAGCGGCGUGCAGUACGAGUUGGAGGACAUCGAAGAGGUGAAGGAAAAAUGUCUACUAUCUCUCAACAUCGAACCACUCGAUCAGAUAAAGCAACACAUCGACACUCAAAUAUCGGUUCUGUCUAAUGAUCUCAAAGAACUUCGUACUACGAUUUCAAAUGACCGUCGAUCAUCUCACAUGAAUCCUAUCAUCGCCCAUGACUUUGUCGAGAGCACACCAAGGACAGAUAGACCAUCUGAAAAGCAACUGCAUAAUGUUGCACGUAGACUAUCACGCAUCGUGGGUGACGUGAGCUCGAGCGGCAGUCCAUUCAUACUGCCUCAGAUGACUGGACAGUCUCUUCAACUACAGCCCCAAAUGACUGGAGCUUCGGUGAUGUCCGAGUACUCCAACCGAGUGGUGGAUGAUUUGAAGACGCAAUUUGACGAGGUACAGAACCUGCGACGCGAUCUAGGAAUCAUGAGGCAGCUGUACACGGAGUUCAUGAAGUCGACGAAGGAUUCAUUGGGCGCUUUGCGGACACAAACGCAGUCUGUGAAGCAAUUAGCUUCUGUCAAAGUUGGUGGCGCACGAGGCUUCAUAGAUCAGGGGAAGACGAAGUUGGACUCGCGGAGUCAGAACGUGCUGACGAAGGUGGAGGAGUUGCAGGACACGGUGGAAGCCCUCCGAGAUGACGUUCUCAAGCGCCACAUGACACCCAAGCCACAACUAGUGAAGCAGAUUCACGAGGACAUCGCUUCCACUGCUACGGAGCUGGCAAGUCUCAAAGAACACAUCGAUACCGUCAGGCCUAUGUGGAAGAAGACGUGGGAAGAGGAGCUGCAGAACAUUGUGGAAGAACAGGGCUUCCUCGGUCAUCAAGAGGAAUUUUUGACCGAUCUCCUCGAAGACCACAAGGCUUUGGUGGACGUCUUUGGGCAUGUCGAGAAGGUCAUUUCUAUCCGCGGCGCCACCCCUGGACGCAGUAAUAGAGGCCGCGGAUUCAAGCCUCUUCCAGCAGACGAGGGACAUACUGGUCUGAGUACUGUCAUGAUGGAGAUCCGGGGCGCCGCGGUUGAUCCGGAGCGACGGAUGAAAGCAAUCGAGGCUAACCAGAAAAACCGGGAACGAGAACUCGCGAGCCGGUCUGACGAAUUUCAGGAGGAGCUGACGGGAUUUGUGGGUGGCAAGAAACUGCGAAUGACGGGGGGAGCAGAAGAGGUGGAUAGAGUGCGGCAGAGAAGGAAUGAAUUGGCACUAAAAGCGAUGUUCAACAACGCAUCCGCAUCUGUUGACAACUUAUCGGGUGCGCCGACGGCUUCCCCGAGCGCUGGUUGA